UUUUUCUCAUUCUUUCCUCUCUCCUUCCCAAUACAGUAUACACACUCUUUUUUUUUUUUUCUUCUUUCUUUGGAUUUGAAGGAAUGAAGGAGUAAAACAGAUUUGAUUCCUCUCUGUCUGUAUCUAUAUCUCCAUCUCUUGCCCCAUAUACGUACAGAUUAUAUAUAUAUUUCUGUUAGGGUUGGUUUGAAAUGAAGUCUCUUGGGAAACUGCGUAAAUUUGCACUUCAAAAAAGCGAUGGGAAAGAGAAGAGAGAGUAUCAACCGUCGGCGCAUUUGAAUGAUCUCGCUCAAGCAUCUCAGGAUAUGCAGGAUAUGAGAAAUUGCUAUGAUAGCUUACUUUCAGCUGCUGCUGCAACAGCAAAUAGUGCAUAUGAAUUUUCAGAGUCACUACGGGAUAUGGGUACCUGUCUACUGGAGAAAACUGCAUUAAACGAUGAUGAAGAAAGUGGCAAAGUAUUGUCAGUGCUGGGAAAUGUGCAGUUUGACCUCCAGAAACUUGUUGAUAGCUAUCGCUCUCAUGUAAUCCUGACAAUUACAACCCCAUCAGAGUCACUUCUCAACGAACUUCGGACAGUGGAGGAGAUGAAAAGGCAGUGCGACGAAAAAAGAAAUUUGUACGAAUACAUGGUGGCACAACAGAAAGAAAAGGGAAAGUCAAAAAGUGGGAAAAUGGAAGUUUGUACUUCGCAGGAAUUACAAGCAGCUCGUGAUGAAUAUGAUGAGGAGGCAACCCUGUGCGUUUUCCGAUUGAAAUCUCUGAAGCAAGGGCAAUGUCGCAGUCUUUUAACACAGGCAGCUCGUCAUCAUGCAGCUCAGUUGAAUUUCUUUCGGAAGGGACUUAAAUUUCUUGAGGCUGUUGAGCCACACAUAAGACUGGUUACAGAAAAGCAACACAUUGACUACCAACUUAGUGGACUUGAUGAUGGGGAAGAUGGGGAGAAUGAAGGUGUUGAGACUAAUGAUGAUGGGGAAUUGAGUUGUGACUACAGACAAAAUAAGCAGGGCCUUGAUGCUGUUUCCACAUCAAGGAAUUCGAUGGAGUUAGAUCAGGUGGAUAUUCCAUGUCCUCAAGUUUCUACGGUUGAAAAUGCAGAGGUAAAUCUUAACAAAAGCAUGGGGGAGCAUAAUUUCAAUCGGGAACAUCGAGUGGGCAGCCAUUCUGCCCCAAUAUUUGCAGAGAAGAAGUUUGAUCCAGCUGAAAGGGCUAGAGAAAUGCAGCCAUCUGCUCGGAAGUUUCACAGUUAUGUGCUACCCACUCCUGUUGAUGUGAAGAGUUCGAUUUCAAGAACAAAUGGUUCAGAUCUGCAGUUGAGGCCAACAAGCCAUAUUGGAAGCUCCCAAAGUUUGUGGCAUUCAUCCCCAUUGGAGCCUGAGAAGCGUGAGAAAGAUUUCACAGAUGAUAACUUGUCAGUGCCCACUAUCUCAAAAGCACAAUUAAAACUCAAAGAGAGCAAUAGCAACAAUCCCUCAGUCCAGGUCCCCCCAACUCUGCCUCAGGGACUCUCACUUCCACAAUGUGAUGCACAUUAUGCAUAUGAUACAAAAAAAUUCAAGAGACAAGCUUUCUCUGGUCCUCUUACUAAUAAGCCAUUGUCAACAAAGACUUCUUUAUCUGCCAGUGGCCCCAUUACCUCCUCUGAACUUCCCCAACUAGUUUCUGGAUUGCUUUCUCGAGUGCAUACUCUUCAUCCUUCAUCAUCUCCAAAGGUGUCUCCCAGUGCUUCACCUCCCAUUGUAUCAUCACCCAAAAUAAGUGAGCUUCAUGAGCUUCCUAGGCCCCCAGGUGGUUUAGCUUCCAAGCCAGCAAGUUCUUCCAUUGAACACUCUGCCCCAUUGGUCCUCAGAAAUCAGGAGCUUUCUCCAACAAAUAAAAGCCAAGCAGGGGCAUUUAGUAGUGCAUCCCCACUUCCAACUCCUCCUCCAUUAACAAUUCCUCGAAGUUUCUCCAUACCUUUUAGUAAUAAGAGAGGAAUAACUGUCCAUGUGGCCAAGCCAUUGGAAUCUUCUCAACAUCCAGUCAAGGCUGAAGAAGUAGUUUCUCCUCCACUGACGCCUAUAUCCCUUUCAAACAUCAAGCUAUUAUCAACUGUUUCCGAAGUAGACUCUCAUUCUGGGCAAAUCAAAGGUGAGAGCUGAUCCAGUGGCUUUCUGCUGAAUACAGGUCUGUAAAUAUGAUGUUUCGUGUUUGUUUCAAAUUAUUAUUUUUAAUGGAAGCUUUUCUCCAUGGUGGUUGGUCAUUGACUACGAUGUGAAUUCAGCUCUUCACAAUUUUGUCAUUAGAAUGAUUAUCGUGUAUUUUUCUAGAGAAUGAAUAUUAUAUUUCUACGCUGAGCAAUUUCUGAACAA